UAGAGUAGUCUUCGCACGUAGGAAAAACAGAUUAUAUAAAUUAUUUAAAAUCUAUGUUUCGUUCUCAGUAUUUCACUUAUCCAAUUGCGUUUCGGUAACUCGUUGCAAAUCCAUUUCAUAAUACGAGCGUGUGUGUGUUCUUCAAGUCUUGCAUUGUUCAACAAUUACAAAUCAAGAUGGUUCUUUCCGAUGGAGCUAAGGAGCGUCUUGGAGUCGUUGUCGAUAUCAUUCAAACCACAUUCCACUGGGGAUUUGUCCCAAUGGUCCUGUAUUUAGGAUUUUCGAAGGGUGCGGAGCCUGGAAUGCCACCUUUAUCCCUCCUAAGCCUUUUGUGGCAAUAAAUAUUUUCAUCAAUCGUUUGCAAUGACAACGGCAGUGUUCUCAUCGUUAAAUUGACAACAUGUUUUCGUUAAUUAAUUGGCAGUUCAACAGUUAUAGGACCUGUAAGAAACGCAGGAGGAAAUAAAUUUCUGUUAAACACUUUUAACAAAUGCUAUAUAUAAA